AUGGCUCUCAUCUCUUCAAAAAACCCAUCAUUUCUCCUCUUCUUCGUUAUCUUGUUUUCCUUCCUUCUCCCAUCUUCUGUCUUUGCAACUACCCAAAAAUGCAUUCAAGAACACUUCUCUGCCUUACUCCACUUGAAGAAUGGCUUUCACUUCUCUUCUUACAGCCUCACCACUCUCCCCUCCUGGAAUUCAAACAACACCGAUUGCUGCUCGUGGGAAGGCAUCACGUGUGAUGGAGCAACUGGUCACGUCAUCACACUCGACCUCAGUGAGCUCUAUAUCUCGGGUCGGAUUGAUUCUGAAAGCCUCUUUCGUCUUCGGAGCCUGCAGAGGCUCAACCUUGCUUACAAUGAGUUUGCUGCCUCUCCAAUCCCAUCUGGGUUUGACCAGCUCACCAGUUUGACCCAUCUCAACCUCUCUCGGUUGCCUUUCUAUGGCCAAAUCCCGCUGGAAAUCUCCCGCUUGACCAGUUUGGUUUCUCUUGAUCUUUCUUACACUUACUAUUUCAACGAUUCUAGAAUUCUACCCUUGAAACUCGAAAACCCGAACAUUGGAACACUCGUCCAGAACAUGUCGAAUCUGAGUGAACUGUAUCUCUUCCGUGUAAAUAUCUCAGCACAGGGAAGUGAGUGGGGCCCAGCCUUCUUCUUGUCACUCCCUCGUCUCCACAAGUUAAGCUUACAAGCUUGUGGUCUUUCAAGUUCCAUCUAUUCUUCCCUUUCACAGUUCCAUUUCUUAUCUGAACUUGACCUCAGUGGAAACAAUUUCUCUUCUGUGCGGCCCAACUUCAUAGGGAACUUCUCUUCUUUAACGGUGCUGGGCCUUCAAAAUUGCAGCUUGUCUGGAUCCUUACCAUCCUUCCUUGUGAACCUCAGCAAACUAGAGCACCUGGAUCUUUCAUUCAAUAGUUUCAGCGGCCCAAUUCCUUCUUCCUAUGGAAACCAACUUCUUAAUCUCAAAAAGAUCGUCUUGUGGAAUAAUUUGCUUAAUGGGACCAUUCCGUCAUCGCUGUUUUCACUCCCAUCAUUACAGUACCUGGAUCUUGAAGGUAACAAGCUGGGUGGUCGGCUUGACAUUAUCCACAAUGCCUCUUCUACACAGUUGGAGGACAUUUAUUUGGAUCGCAACAACUUUCAAGGAAUGGUGCCAAGCUUUAUCUUUAAACUUAUGAAGCUUAGAACCAUUUCCCUUUCUUUCAACAAUUUUAGUGGUGUUGUGGAACUAGAAUCAUUUCAACCCCUCGAGAACCUCUCAUUUCUUGAUCUUUCUGAUAACUAUCUGUCAAUCAAAGACAGUGGUGGUAACUCCAACUUUGUCUCCUUCCCCAAAUCAGAUCACUAUCCUUGCGUUCUUGUAACAUUACCGAAUUUCCAAAUUUCUUACGAAAUCAAGAGCUGA